GACACACCUUGCUACACCCCGGUAUUGUCGCUUGGAUGAUCCCAGGCCCGGAAGCGGAAGCACUUUUGACGCCGUGAGUUUUCGUCUCAUUUCGUCCUUCGUCCAGCCCACUCGUCACUCGGGAUGGAGGACUCUGAACGACUCGCCGGCGGCUCCCUGCUGCUCGCCUGGCAGCUCAAGAACAAGAACGUCCUCAUCGUCGGCGGCGGCGCCGUCGCCUCCGGCCGCAUCGAGUCCGUCCUCGUCGCCGACGCGCACAUCACCCUCGUCUCCCCCUCCUCCGGCCUGCACCCCCUCACCCUCUCCCACCUCCAAUCCUACCCGGACCGCAUCACCCACCUCGACCGCGACUACGCCGCGCACGCCGACCUCGACGGCGCCGACAUGGUCCUCACCGCGCUCGACGACCCGGACCUGAGCCAGCAGAUCGCGGCCGAGUGCCGCGCGCGGCGGACGCCCGUGAACGCGGCGGACCUGCCCGCCAGCUGCGACUUCUACUUCGGCUCGCAGAUCCGGGACGGCCCGUUGCAGAUCAUGAUCUCCACCAACGGGCGCUCGCCCAAGCUCGCCAACCUCGUCCGCCGCCGGAUCGAGGCCGCCGUGCCCGCGCACGCCGGGGACGCCAUCGAGCGCGUCGGCGUCCUGCGCGAGCGGCUGAAGGAGCGCGCGCCGGGCGUGGGCGGGUCCGUCGGAAGGCGGCGGAUGCGGUGGAUGAUCGACGUGUGCAACGAGUGGGAGAUGGACGAGCUUGCGGGGCUUGACGACGAGAUGAUCGCGAGGCUGCUCGACGACGGAUGGGAGAAGGAGCGCGUGCCGAAGCCCGAGGAAGUCGGGGCGGUGUCUAAGAAGGCGACGACGGCCAGUACGACCGGCUCCGGGUUGGCGAACGUUUGGGCGCCCUCCGCUCUCAGCUUCGUGCUCGGUGCGGCUAGCGCGGCAGCGAUCUUCCGGCUGUACGCUCGGAGCCGCUGAAGGGAAUCCAUUCCAUCGGGCCUUCAUCCACUGCAAAAUAGACUAUAUCGGACGGGUAUAUGCAUGCUACACAAUCUCUAGACCCUAGACGAUCGCUUUGACAACCCUUGUACAGUCUUGCAUACGCAAAUCUAUCAUCCAUUUGACAACCAC